AUGCUCGAUUCUUCAUCAAGUGAAGAAGAGGAAGGUGUAAGUGGAUUUACAAAUUAUGGAAAUAAAUCCACUGUGUCAAAUGUUGCUGCUUGUAGUAAAGUUCCAGUUCAGUCAAGUGUAGCUCUUACAACUAGUCGGGUACCAGCAGAUAACGUCGGGGGAAGACAACGAGGUGUGCAACCUAGGUCUUUGCGUACUACUUCUAAUGAUGUUAGCACUACAUAUGGACGCCAAAACUCAGUUUCUUCCCAUCAGAUUGAUAGUACCGAUCGUAGUCAUUCUCCACAUUCUAAACAACGUUAUACGUUAGGAUCAAAAGGUCAAGUAAUUUCUAGUCAACAAGGCCGACCAUCUCGUCAAUGGACAAAUGAAACAUUUUCACGCAGUGGUUACAGAUUAGUAUGUUACUCGGAUGUCUCUCCAGACUCCCUGGUUGGGUUUCGGACAAUAAUCGCCUUCUUGCUUAAAGAUGUUGAGCAACAUGGUUCAGAAUCGGCUACAUUGACGUAAAUGCGUUUAUUUCUUACCCUCAUACAUACCUUUUGAUUGUCUUUUCGAAUCAUACUCUGAAUGUUUUAUCUUUUCCAUUAUUAUGACUUUCAUCAUUCAUCUUGUUAAUUUCAUCUCAUCAUCGUAAUGUUGUGAUACGGCAACUUGACCCAACGCACACUUGUGCUAGUUUUUACUUUGAUGAUGACUGAAUAACUGGGUGUUUCCUUAGUUUGUUAUCUACUUAGGCUAUAGCUAUCGUAAAGUUCAUAUUCUACUUUAAAAUUGUGAAUAUUUAUGAAUUUUUUGAUACGCCGAUGUUCUUAACUAACACUUGCUCUACAUUUUGAAGACUAUUUUAGUCUAAGUAAUAAAUAUUUUGUGGGUAGCUCGAAUCGCCACUUUCUAAGAAGUGAUAUGUGCAAUAAGUGUGAAUGAUUAUAUGGAACUAAAGAUUUUCACUUUUCAUGAUGUAUAGGAAUACUUGGAUGGUGUAAAUGAAAAUUUGUAAAGCUAAUUAAGCAACACCUUUGGUGGGAUCUAAAUCAUACCUACUGUUUAGAUUCUCAGUCAGUCAG